AUGAGACUCUUAGAACAGUACAAUGAAUUGGCUUCGUAUAAGAGACAAUUCGAUCCAGAAGGUUCACCUCCAGAACUUCCUGAAUUCUUAAAUGAACCAUUCUAUUACAUUAUUGAUUUGAGAAAUCUCAUGUCAAGACCCAAUUUUAAAACUCUCUUUCCAGAGUUUGCAAGAACCGCCUUAACUGAAGAAUUUCGACAGGAUUUGGAAAUAUUUUGGAGGGCGUGUUGUAAAGUAUUGAAUAGAAACUUUGCAUUCAUAACCCAUUUAGAUUUGGGAGAGAAUGAUUUGGAAAAUCUAAAGCCAUUCAGAGAAUUAUCUCAACUCAAACGUUUGACAUGUCUUUCAUUAAGAAAUAACAAGAUUUUAUUCAUUCAAGAAUUGAGAUACUUCUCUGGAUUGGUUAUUAAUGAAUUGGAUAUGUCUGGUAACCCAUUCAUUAACACUGGUGGUUAUGUGAGGGAAGAUGUCAUUUACAUGUUGUCAUUGUUCCCAUUUUUAGAAAUAGUGGAUCAAAAUUUCAUUCCAGACGAUGUCAAAGAAGAGAUUGUUAUUCACUCAUCUUCCAAUGUGUCUUUGUUACCAGAUAUUAAUAUUCAAAGUACAUUUGAAAGUCAAGAAGAAAGGGCCUGGAUUGAAUGGUUUCUCAAUAAUUACUUUACAACAUUCGAUACUAACAGAGCUGAAGUAAUGUCAUGUUAUCAACAUAAUGCAAUCUUCUCGUUUUCAUACGAUAUCAAUGCCUAUGCUGAUUUACCUGAGACAUUCGAAUCUAAAUUAAGUUUAAGAUAUCUGAAGCCAUUCUCCAGAAAUUUACUUUACAUUCUCAGAGAUUCUACUGCAAGAGAAACUCUUCUGAACGAAUCUCUCACUCUUCGAAUUGGAAAAGAAGCAAUUUAUGAACUUCUUAUUGCUAUGCCAAACACAAUUCACAAUUUAACAACUAAUUUAAUUGAUGUAUCGUCAUAUGACGUUAUCAAAAUAGUAGAUGAACUCAAUCCAUAUCAAUCCCCAAUUACUAAACAUAUUAUGGUCAAUUAUCAUGGACAAUGCCAACAAAUGGACGAAAAAGGUAUUAAAUAUCCAAGGUCAAUUGAUUGUCAAUUGAUUCUCACACCUAAUUUGAAUCCACUUACUCAACAAACUCUUCGUUACCUCAUCCAAAAUCAACAAUAUCAAAUUAGACCAUAUGUUUCACUCAGUUUGACCAAGAUCUUCAAAGGACAUGAAAUAGAAAGACCUUCAACUCCUUAUUCUUUCGUUGAUACUGGAUCAAGAACUGAAUUAACAGCGCUACACGAAAGCAUAAUAGUUCAAUUCACAUCAAUUACUGGAUUAAGAAGAGAAUAUGCACUUCCAUGUUUGGAAUAUUCAAAUUGGAAUAUUAGUAACGCAAUUAACACUUUUAACACGGAAAAGAUGAAUGGAAAUAUUCCACUCUAUUGUUUUCAAUAA